UAAGCUUCGGGUGCGGUUUAGAAGCAAGUGGGUGUGUGUGCUUCUGUGUUUUGUUUGCUGACUUGCGGCGAUGUCUGGUCGCGGGAAGCAAGGCGGGAAGGCUCGGGCCAAGGCCAAGUCGCGCUCUUCGCGGGCCGGGCUGCAGUUCCCCGUGGGCCGCGUGCACCGCCUGCUGCGCAAAGGCAACUACGCAGAGCGAGUGGGCGCCGGCGCCCCGGUGUACCUGGCGGCCGUGCUCGAGUACCUGACGGCUGAGAUCCUGGAGCUGGCAGGCAACGCGGCCCGCGACAACAAGAAGACUCGCAUCAUCCCGCGCCACUUGCAGCUGGCCAUCCGCAACGACGAGGAGCUCAACAAGCUGCUGGGCAAGGUGACGAUCGCGCAGGGCGGAGUGCUGCCCAACAUCCAGGCCGUGCUGCUGCCUAAGAAGACCGACAGCCACAAGGCUAAGGCGAAGUGAGCGCAGCUGAGGCUAAAUCGGAGGCAGAUCGGACGAGGAAUAAAAUCAACAAAACAAAACCCAAAAAAACAAAAAGGCUCUUUUCAGAGCCGCC